AUGGCUCAUGAUAUCCCUACAGCCAACUCGGGCUACGACGAACAUGAUUCGGAGUUUAGUUCGGACGAUGAACAGAGCUUUCACGUCGAUGAACGUUCUGGACGGUCGUUUGCAAGCAAAUUCGUUCACACAGUGAUCAAGCCUAUUAAACCAAAGUUGGUAGAAUUUGGCCAGGUGUCUUCUGCUGAUCCUACGAGAUGCAAGCCUUCGAGAGGUGCGCGGAAAAGAUGCGAUGUUGAGGAGAGGGACAUUGAAGGUGUCUGGACUUAUGACUUGACGCCUACUUUGCCAAACGGUGAAAAGAGGUCUUACGCCAGGAGAAUAUUGUAUUUUGCUGGAGGAGGAUGGCAGGCUCCACCAACAGGCCAGCACUGGACGUUCUGCGCUGAGAUAGUGCAUCGACUCCAAGACACCAGACUCACCAUCGUCUCCUACCCAUUGGCACCUAAAGACCCGGUGCAAGACUCAUUUCCCGCAAUUUGCAGGACAUAUAACGCCCUGCUCAAAGAGUCAUCCGAUCUCGGUGAACGUGUCAUUGUUGCCGGCGAUAGCUCUGGGGGAAACAUCUCACUCUGUGUGGUGACAUGGACGUUGAGAGAGCAAGAUGUUCACGCCGUCAAGCCACCUUCUGCUAUCCUGGCAAUCACCCCGACGACAGACUUGAGCCACAACAACCCGGACAUCAAACCUGUUGACAAGGUGGACCCCAUACUGAGCGAGGAAGCCAUCAACGACACAGCCGGUAAAUGGGCACCCGGUCCCUCCAACAUGGAUCAACAGGACCAUCAAACACAGGAAGGGCGUGAGAAGAACGGGAUGCUGAACUGGACAGUCGACGAUCCGCGAGUGUCACCUAUCCACGCAGAUCUCACUGGGUGUAUCCGAAACAAUGUCAAGAUCCACGGUAUCACAGCCUCGCACGAUGUUCUUGGGCCUGAGGCUGUUGUUUUUAGGGAGAGGUGCCGGAAAGAGGGAGUCAGUGGAGAGUGGCUAUCUUGGGCCGAUCAGAUGCAUUGUUUCCCACUGGCUUACAAGUACGGGCUGAAAGAGAGCAAGGAGGGAUUGGAGUGGAUUGUUGAUGUUCUCAAGACGUGCUAA